GCCCCCCGGAGCCAAGUCUCUGAUCCGCCCCUGUCCCCUGGGCUCCGGGCUGCGUCCACUCAGACUCCCGGUCACCGCCCCUUCCUCCGACAACCGCUUUUCAAAAUCCGCUACGAGCCAGUGGAGGAUGAUAGAGCCGAGGACACAAAGCGGACGCCGAACCCCGGAGCGGCUUUUUACUUUACUUUUUUAAAUAAAACUCCUCCAUCUUUUAAGCUAGCUGCCGGCUAACGACGGUUCACCUGCGAAGCUGCUGCCGGACAAAUGUUGUAGUUUAAAGCCGCUUUCACUGCCGCGUUUAUCUCCAAAUUUCAGCCGGAGACGGAGCCGACUCUCGGCCAAGUUUGGGCACUUGGGGCAGGGUGCUGUCCUGUGGGAUGGAUGACGGCCAAGAGCAGGACCAGUACGAGGAGCGCCUGAAAGAAGUUUUUAACAGUUUCGACGCCAGCGGUUGCGGCUCUUUGUGCCCAGAGGAACUCUCUGAUCUCUGCCAGUCCCUUCACCUGGAUGAUGCCACGCCAGCUCUUCUCCAAGCGCUGCUGCAGAACCAGGACCGCCUCACUGCCAGAGUUGACUUUGACCAGUUCAAGAAUGCACUUAUUCUGGUUUUGUCGUCAACCAUCGAGCCACAACAAGCAGAACCGGAACCGUUGCCAAAACCAGAGUCUCCGGAGAUCCAACCAAAGUUUGUGAAGGGCAGCAAACGCUACGGGCGCCGCUCCACGCCGGAGUUCAUAGAGCCUAUUUCGGACUUGUCUGAAGUUCCAAAUAUAAGCCCGGCUGACGGCGAGGAUUUGGAGGACAACUAUGACUCAGCUGUUCCCAGGAAGCGUGAGCGCUGGAACGCUCAUGAAACAAGCACAGAGGAGUAUGAAGCUGAAGGUCAGAUGCAUCUGUGGAACCCUGAUGAGCCAAGCACUCCUCGGGGAUCCGGCGGUUCUGUAUCGACCCGUUUAGAGGAGCGGCUGCGUGAAGCCUGUGAGGAUUUGGCGAUAACGUGGGACGGAUGCGCCGGUCACACUGAACUACUCGCUCUCUGUGAACAUGUCGGCCUGGAGAUUACCGGGGACACGCUGCUGAGUCUGACUGGCGAUGGAGUGAUGAAUGUUCAGGAGUUUGUUUCCAGGGUUGUAAAACACAACAAACCUCCCACACCCUCCGCCUCCACACCCUACAGACAGCUGAAACGACUUCACUCCACUCAGCCCUUUGAUGAGGGAGGCCGGAGGAUAGCGACCCCAUCUGCUUUAACCAGCAGCAUCGGCAUGCGGCUCUUCUCCACCCUGGAUGAUGGUACCGGCUACACUCCGGUCGAAUGCGUCCUGGAUGCCUGGAUAGAUGAAGGAAUAGAAAACAGCACUGAGAUCCUGCAGGCUUUGAAUUUCAGCCUCGAUGGAAAGCUGAGUCUUAGCGAUCUCACCAUGGCACUUGAAAAUGAGCUGCUGGUUACUAAGAACGGGAUUCACCAAGCGGCACUGGCAAGCUUCAAAGCUGAGAUCAGAUAUCUCCUAGAGCGUGUGGACCGAGAAAUCAGGGAGAAAGAGAAAAUCCGAUCAGACUUGGAGAAAGCAGAGAAGCUGAAAACUCAGCUGGCCACUGAGGUGGAUGAGCAUCACUCUGCAAUAGAGCACAUGAAUAACCUCAAUUUGAGGAAGCUGGAACAGGACCACAAAGAGAAGCUAGCAGCGGUGCGAUCAGAGCUGAUGAAUGAAAUGGAUCAGAUCCAGCAGCAGGCCGGCCUGCACCGAGAAGAACUGGAGGCAGAGAUCGAGAAGAUCAGGGAGGAUGAAUCUUUUCUCAGAGACCACCUCUCCAUCUCAGUGAAGGAGAACAGGCGUCUUGAAACUGAGUUACUGGACAGCAAUGAGAAACUAGUGGAGGCUCAAGGCCAAAUUACCAAACUCCAGACGAGUUUGGACAACGUCAUGAAAGACAAGUUUGGCGACCUGGACCCUGGAACUGCAGAUUUCUUUCUCCAAGAGGAACGUAUUAAACAGCUACGCAGCAGCUACGAAGCACAGUGCAGGGAGCUGCAGGAUCGUAUUGACGAGCUGCAGUCAGAGCUGCAGGAGUUCCACAGUCUUGGUCAAACUAAUCAGCUCUGCCACAAACCUCUGUCUGAGGAGCUGGAGAGUAAAAGCCCCGGCAUGGAGUCUGACCCAGGUAUCGGUUCAGAGGAGGUUCAACCUUUCAGCAUGAGCCUCGAAGCAGAGAUGAUGCUGGAGCAGCUGAAGGAGCAGCACCUUCAAGAAGUGGAGGAUUUGCGAAACCAGCUGGAAAGAAAGGCCAAUGAAUUUGACACUGUGGUAGAAACGCAGAGGUCGACCCAUGAGAACCAGAAAGCUGCCCUGACGCUCCAGUACCAGCAGGAGAUCCAGGCCUUGAAGGGGGAGAUGGCCGGCGUUCAGAGCCGAGCGCAGGAGCUCCAGAACCAGCUCGAACAGGCGGAUCUGGAGCGGACCUGUCUGGAGGAGAAGCAGGCUAAAGAACGGGAGGAGCUCGAGAACCUGCAGGAAGAGGAGGUGGGAAACCUCAGACAGAAGCUGCUGGAGGCCCAAAUCUACACUAGAGACCUGGAGGAGCAGCUGAAGAACCUGGAAGCCCAGCAGGCAGAACUAGAUGAGAACCUUGUCAGUGAGAUGGAGGAGCUGAGGAAACAACAUGUCAGUGCGGUUAAGAAACUGAAGCAGGAGCAUGCAGAGCUGUUUGAAGCCAGCCUUGCAGAGGAGAGAAAGAAACUGCAGGAGGAAAAGACUGAGCUGGAGAACAGAUUGUUAGACGACUGGGAAACAGAGAAGAAGCAGUUGCAGGAAAGCCAUGAGGACAAACUGAAGGCUAAACUAGAGGAGGUGAAGCUGACGUUUGAGGAGGAGCGUGAUGAAAUGGUGAAGGGCCUGACGGAGCAGUGGCAGAAAGAGAGAACUCAGCUGGAUGACCAGAAUAAUGAGUCUCUGCAGAUGCUGCUGGAGGAGGAGAUGUUGAAACUCGUCAGGGAGCAAGAGGAGAAAGAAAGUAAGCUGAGGGAGCAGUGGGAGAACGAACGAUCUCAGCUUCAGGAGCUUCAUGAGGAGGUCCUGCUCGACAGGGUGCUGGAAGAAAGGUUGCAGUUACAGGAGCAGUUUGAGCAGAGGGAAAAGAAGCUAAGGGAGGAGUGGGAGAGGGAGAGACUGCAGCUGGAGGAGGAUUACGAAGGGAUGAUCCAGGACCGGCUGAACGAGGAGAAGGAGAAGCUGGAGGCUGAGAAGGAGGAGGUGGAGAAGAGACUGGAGGAGGAGAAGGUGCAGCUGGAGGAGAAGCAUCAGGAGGCCAUGAAGGAGCUGAGGGUCAAACAUGCCGAGGAGAGGGAUGCUCUGAGCGCUAUACUGGACAAACUACGAGAUGACAUCGCCCAGGAGAGGAGGGAAAUCGAGAUGAGCUUCGAGCAGAAAAUCAAAGAAGUGGAAGAUCGUUUCUCAGGUGAUCAGGACUCUGCUGAAGAGCGUUUUCAGGCCGAUGUUCUGAAACUCGAGCAGCAUUACCAAAGUGAGCUGAAGGCUCUUUCUGAAAGCCACAUGACACAGAAGCUCCACUGGGAAGCAGAGAUGCAGAAAGCUCUAGAGAGCAUUGAGGAACAAAUAAAAAUGAUGGAGGAGGCCAUGGAGCAGGAAAGAGAGAGGCUGAAUGAAGAGUGGACGAAAGAACGACAGGAGAUAGAAAGUGUUCACAGCGAAGAAAUGGAAGCACUGAUGGUGGAGAACAAGCAACUGCAAAAUGAGCUGGAUGAGUUAAUGAGUAACGCCCAGACUAAAGAAAUAGAGCUGAGCAGGCAGCUGAAUGACCUCCACAACAGGCUGCAGGAAAGCCUGGACACCAAACAUGAGCUGGUUGUUCAGAUUGAGAACAAAGCGCUCGAGACUGAGCUUCUGCUGAAUCAAACAGUGGAGGAUUUCAAACAGGAGAGGGCAGAACUUCUGAGCAACUACUCAGAACUUGAGGCAAAAUACAAUGAGAUGCUUGCCAUGUCCGAGAGGCAGAUUACAGAGAGGAUCGAACUGUUAACUGAGCGAGAUGAUUUAAAGAUGAAGAUAGAGGAGCUGGAGAAGCUUCUCAAACAGGCAGCCGUGGAUUUUGAGCUUGAGCGGAAGGAGCUGCAGGAAAAUGUGUCCGUUCUUGAGGAGAAGUUAAAAGACAAUCUAGAGAAUGAGGGAGAAGAGCUUCAAGCAGAGAGAGAUGGACUUAAAAUUAGAAUUAAAGAGCUGGAGAUGGAGCUGAACCAGGCAGCAGAAGACUUUGAGUUUGAGCGGAAGGAGCUGCAGGAAAAUGUGGCUUUUCUUGAGGAAAAGUUCAAAGAUAAUACAGAAGAUAAUGGAGAGGAGCUUCGAGCAGAAAACGAUGUGCUUAAAAAUAGAGUAAAAGAACUCGAGAUGGAACUGAAACAGGUUUUGGCUGCUGACGAGAAAGAAGAAAUGAAGGAGUCGAAUGAGAUUAAAACAUGUAUGGAAGAGAUGCUAAACAUCUCUCAAACUCCACUUCAUCAAGAAGGUGAUGUCGAGACAACAGUGGAAGCAGGUGAAGAUGCAGAAAAUAUGAAAAAUGUUGAUCAAGAUUCUCCUAGUGAUGAUCACAAAGACAACGACAUGAUGGAAGCUGCUAAUAAUGGAGAACCAGGCGAUCAGAGUGUUGUGCAGGAUGAGACGACUGAGACUCAUGACUUGUGGCCUGAAACCGUUUUCGGUGAAGGAUGCGACGAUGAGGUGGAUGUUCUUUCUCAUGAAGCCUGUGAAUCAUCUUAUUGUGAUCACGACAACCCAGAAUCCCACAAAAAUGUUCUAAAUCUUGAAAACAAACUUGAAACCGCUUCCCCAGAGAUGCAGCGUGAGCACGUCUCAUCACCUGAGGCGUUUGGUGACGGUGAAAAUAAUGAAGUUCUUGACUCGUGUAAUGAGGAGAACAAACCUCAGGAUGUACUGGAGGUGGAUUGUGGAAGCUUUUCCCAUGAAGACGAGCUGCAUCAUGAGAUUGUGGUCGUGGCCUCAACACCGGAGGAGACAGGUGAUACUUGUGAACUUUCUCUGGAGGAUGCUGAGGUUAACUGUUCCACAAGUAACUCUCACGAUUGUGGACAGGAAGGUGAACAUUUAACCGCAGAAGGAAAGCCUGACUGUGUUGAAACUCUGGUUGAAGAUACAGAUAACGAGCACCAGGAGAGAUCUAUCCUAAAGUUGCACUCUUUAUAUAAGGCUGCCACGGAGGAGAACGUUCUUCUACAUGAGAAGAUUUCUUUGCUUCAGCAGAAGACAGAUAUACUCGAGAACCUACUGGCUUACAACAAUGAAAAGAUCAAAACCAGCCACCAGAUUUUAGAGGAAAACUACGACCUGAAAGUGAAAAUGCUGCUGCUUAUGGAGCACGUCAAAGAGCUGCAGAUACAGGCCUUAAAAACGACAGAUCUUCAGAUCAGAUAUGAAGAUUGCAUGUGUGAAAAUGCCAAACUGAAGGACCAGAACGGCGAGCUUGAGAAGAGAAUCUGGAACCUUGAAGGGAAGAUCAAUAUAUUCCAGGAUUUCCAAGAUCAGCAGAUUUCGCUUGUGGACGAGAUCAGCCGGAUGAGGGAAGAAAACACCAAGCUGUCUGAGCUGCUCGGUGAACUGGAGAUGCAGGACGGGAUUCUUUCAGCGGUGCACCCGGACGCAGAAGAGUCGGAGGAGGUUUUUGUGGAUCUGGACGGCGAGCUGGAGGUGAAAGUUCAGGCAGUGACCGACCUCGAUGGCUGCUGUAAGGAGUUUGAGAAGCAGAACACCAAACUCCGCAGAGCCAUCACAGAGCUGCAAGACAAGUCACAGACGUUAAAUGAAACCACACAGGCUCAUAGAUCUGAAGCCAGUCGUCUUGCUGAAGAAAACGUCAUCCUCAGGCAAAAAAUUGCUGCACUGAAGGAAGAGGACUUGAAAGAGGCCCAGGAUGAGUUAACACAAACUCUGGGGUACUUGAACAACGAGAAGUUUGAAGCUCAUAAAGCAGCAGAGAUUUUCAAGAAGCAGAUUUCAGAGCUGCAGGAUGAGAACGGCAUUCUGUGGGAGGAAAACACCCAAAAUGUUGCUGAAAUGGAAAGUCUACGACAGCAGCUGGAAGAGCUGAUAAAGGAAAACGAGAGGAGGGAGGCGUUCCCCGCUGAAGAGAGAAACAAGAUGGCAGCUUGUGUGUCUGCUCUGGAGGCAGAGUUGACCAAAGCUCUGGAGGACACUGCACAGCUGGAGGAGAGGAAUAUCCAGCUGUCACAGCAGCUGUCCGACCUCAGAGAGAAGGCAGUCAAGGUGGACGCUAUGGAGAAUCAGAUCAGCCAUCUCAUAGAGGAGCAGAAGAGUGUUGAUAAAGAGACUGUAGGCCUCCGCAACCAGCUAGCCAAAGCUCAGGAAAAGGUCAAGACAGCGGAUGAAACUCUUCAGGCCGUCAACCAUCAAAGUGCUCGUCUGAAGUCGGACCUCCGUGUUUUGCAGCAGGAGAAGGAUUCCCUCAAACGUGAAGUUGCAGUUCUGCACAAACAGCUGCAGAACACAAACGAUAAAAACCAUAUUUUGGAGAUGGCCUUGCAUUCCAGCGGUCUGCAGAAUCAGAGCAAGAAGCUGUACAGAGACGAGAUGUCUCGACUGAAGGAGCAGGAGCAGCAGCUGCUGAGGCAGGAGAAUGAGAGGCUUCAGGCAGAAGUACGCACCAUCAAAGGAGACCUGGUCCAGGCCAGAGAAAAGGUCCGUCAGCUUGAUGCCACCAUCCUGUCCCUGAAGCAGCACAAACAGCAGAGUCAGUCGUCCCUGGUGAAGACCUUGGAGCAGGAGAACGUCUCUCUGAAAGAGGAGCUGGAAGCACAAAGGGAGCUGAACAAGGGCUGUGAAGCCGGACAAAGACACUCACAGCUGGAGAGUCUUCAACAGGAAAACGAAAUGCUCAAGGCCCAAAUGACUCGACUGUCAACACAGCUGCUGGAGUCAUUUCAGGCUCAGUUAGUCGGACUUCUACCUCCGUCUCCUCACAGGAUCCCGAGAGGACAACACCGUGGCGAAGAUCCGGACAACAUGCAGCAGGACGAAAGGGAGAAGAAGAUGAAGAACAUGGAGGAGAGAAUGAGGGAAAUCGAACUGUCGCUGCACAACGUCAAGCUGCUGCUGAAAGAGAAGGUCGCUCAGCUGAAAGACCAGCUGAAGAAGAAUGGCAAAGCCGACGUGCUGAUCAAGGACCUGUACGUGGAGAACGCUCAGCUGCUGCAGGCUCUGGAGAUCACCGAGCAGCGGCAGAAGAUCGCAGAGAAGAAGAACUACCUGCUGGAGGAGAAGAUCUCCAGCCUCAACAAGAUAGUGCGUGAGCUAAACCCGGCGCCUCUCCCAUCGCUACCCUGCCACUACAAAUGUCCAUGAAGAGUCUCCUGAAACACUCCUGAAAGUCAGCCAUACAUUGCACUGUUUGCUGCUGAAAACUCAUGUAGUUAUGUGUUGCUGCUUGGAAUCUUUGUGCCAACAGAUCGAGCCAAAUGCACGAGAACUGGCAGGUUCUGAAUAUGCAGUGUUCUUUUUAUUGCAAGUAAUAAUUAUCUGGACCUAUGAAGAACCAAAUGUGAGGUCAGACUGUAAAGAAGAGCUUGUAUUUUACAGUAAUUUAUAAUUUGUAAUAAUUAUUUGUCAGUGUUACCAGUAAGUGAAUAAAUAUUUUACCGUGACAAAUACGUGUAUGUGUGUAAAGAGAACAGCAAAACUGAAGUGUACUUUUUAAAUAAGUGUUCUUUUGUCUGUUGUUUAAGAAAUUAACUGUGUCGUCUGUGUGUCUUUCACUUCUCAAGCCUUUAUGUAAAGACGAAACCCGUCUGUCGGCACUAAAAUCAUGUCAACACAAAAUAAUCUGGUGACCUUUGCAAAGGUUUUAUUCGACACUACCUGAAGACUUUAAAAUGUCUGUGGCAAUAUUGAACUUUUACAUGUAAUCCUAUGACCUGUUGCAAUAUGUAAAGCUGCAUUUGAAGACAUUAUGCUGCAUUAUGAAUGUUUUUUUUAGUUCAAAUGAAGGAGCUCGUGUUUUGAACUGCACUAAAGUUGAAACAGGGUGAUGUUUGUGUUGCAGGUAUCAAUAAAGUGAAUGGAUGGUG